AGUUGCUAUUCGUGUUCCCACCUGUAGAGUGUUUGGGAAUCAAAACAAAAAUCUUCUGGAAAGUCGUCCUAGAUUUUAACAGAAAGCUAACCCACCUAAAACCGAGAGAGUUAGCACAGUUGUUCCCAAGUGUUAUUUGAAUCAGCUUUAACAUCUGAAUUUCGCUUAAUUAGAUGUAUUUCAUCAUGGGAGUUUCUCAAAAGUUUCGCUCUUUCUACAACUUUUUCUGCUCGGUUUUCGUGGCAUAGCUGGGAAGCUAACUGCUGUUUGUUGUAGUAAAUGUUAGCCUAGCAUUGCUCUCCCCACACAAAAGCCCUGCCUCUUCUCAGAGUUGUUGGACACCAGAAGUUUCAAACUUUAUUAAGCGUUUUUUUCCACAGCUUUUUGACCGAAACGUCUUCAAAAUGUCUAUCCUGGGAUUAAAGAAGAAGCAGCCAAAGACUUUUAAAGUCAAAGUUAUCACUAUGGAUGCUGAAAUGGAGUUUAGCUGCGAGGUCAAGUGGAAAGGUAAAGACCUCUUUGACCUGGUAUGUCGAACUGUUGGUUUGAGGGAGACCUGGUUUUUUGGACUUAGGUACACAGUAAAGGAUACCUAUGCCUGGCUAAAACCAGACAAGCGGGUCUUGGACCAGGAGGUUCCUAAGGACUCUCCCAUAACAUUUAAUUUCCUUGCUAAGUUUUUCCCGGAAAAAGUAGAAGAAGAGCUGGUUCAAGAAAUAACUCAACACCUCUUCUUCUUACAGGUAAAAAAACAGAUAUUAGAUGAAGAGAUAUUCUGCUCCCCUGAAGCUUCAGUUCUGUUGGCAUCAUAUGCCGUCCAAGCUAAGUAUGGAGACUUUGAUACAAACUUCCAUAAACCAGGCUUCCUGGCACAAGAUGAGCUUUUGCCAAAAACAGUUGUGAUGCAGUACCAAAUGACAGCAGACAUGUGGGAGGAGAAGAUCACAGCUUGGUAUGCCGAGCACAGAGGCCUCGCCAGAGAUGAAGCUGAGAUGGAAUACCUAAAGAUUGCUCAGGAUCUUGAGAUGUAUGGUGUCAGCUACUUUGAAAUUACUCAAAAUAAGAGGGACACAAACCUCCUACUUGGAGUUGAUGCCCAGGGUCUUCACAUCUACAGCCCCAACAGCAAACUCGCCCCUAACAAGUCCUUUCCUUGGAGCGGCAUCCGUAAUAUCUCCUAUAGUGAAAAGGAGUUCACAAUCAAACCUCUGGACAAGAAGAAAGAUGUUUUCAAGUUCUACUCAUCUCAGCUGCGUGUCAACAAGCUGAUCCUGCAGUUGUGCAUUGGGAAUCAUGAUUUGUUUAUGAGGAGGAGGAAGGUGGACUCAAUUGAAGUGCAGCAGAUGAAAGCUCAAGCCAAAGAGGAAAAGGCCCGCAAGAAGAUGGAGCGCCAGAUCCUGGCACGGGAGAAACAGAUGAGGGAGGAAGCGGAACGGGCAAAAGAGGAAAUGGAAAGAAGACUGUUCCAGCUGCAGGAUGAGGCACGACUGGCUAAUGAGGCACUGCUGCGAUCUGAGGAGACAGCAGACCUGCUGGCAGAGAAAGCUCAGAUUGCUGAGGAAGAAGCGAAGCUGUUGGCCCACAAAGCUGCAGAAGCUGAGCAAGAGAGGCAGAGGUUAGAGGUCACAGCCAUGAAGACCAAGGAGGAGAAGAGGCUCAUGGAGCAGAAGAUGAGGGAGGCGGAGCAGCUGGCUGUAAAACUGGUGGAGCAGUCUGAGCGGAGGUUGAAGGAAGCUGAUCACCUGAAACAGGACCUGACUGAGGCAAAGGAUGCUGAGAGGAGAGCCAAGCAGAAGCUGCUGGAGAUCACCAAAACAACCUACCCUCUCAUAGCAGCUUAUUCUGCUCCCCCUGCUCCUCCUGCUCCUCCUGAAGCAGCCGACUUUGCCUGCGAGUCACCACCUGCACGCCUCGACUUCAAGGACUCCGACAUGAAACGGCUCUCUAUGGAGAUUGAGAGAGAGAGGCUGGAGUACAUGGAGAAGAGCAAACAUCUUCAGGACCAGCUGAAGGAGCUCAAGUCUGAGAUCGAGUCUCUGAAGCUGGAGGAGCAGCAGCAGCAACAGGCCAGUCUCUACAACCUGCACAGUGAGGCGAGGGGGUACAUCCCAGAGCCCGUCUACAUAGCUCACAGCAACAGAAACUCUGCAUACAUGUCUCAGAUGGCCUUCUUUGAAGAAGUGUGAUCCUGGCCCUUUAAAAUUGAGGGAGCAGUUGCUGUGACGCUCUGCUUCCUCAGCCUGUUUGGUUAACGUUUACCUGACUGAAGCUAACAGACAGAAACUCUAUGUUCUUUGGAAAGACUUUGAAAUGAACUAAUAACACUUGUGUGGCUUCCUGCGCAGACUGUUAGAUUAAGUUUUGCCACCUGCAACACCUGCAGCAUGUCAGCAUCUAGAAAGAGUGCAUUAUUGGAUGAGCGCUUCUUCAAGAUAUGUUGCUGAGGAGUUUUUAUUUCAUGCUUUUUGUUUGGUUUUAAUCAAUACUUAGCUGUAAUGUGGUCAAAUACAGAACUAUGCCUGCUUAAUGUCGAGAUAUCCAUUUGUGCCUUAAAAUACUUUAAGACUGGGAUUGUGUUAAAAAAGAAAUUACGCUGCAACGUUGGCAAAGUUCGGAUCAGUUGUGAUGUCAGCUGCGGUGAAUGUCGUAAACAGGGUUCCUUCCACAGAAGCAAGAUAUUCUUCAGGCAUGGGUUAGAGUUCAGAUUUACCAACUGUUGUUCAGUAACACUCUGAACAUAGACUGUAUGUAAACGAAAGGCUCUGGCCCCAAUAUAUAGAAAUCUAUGAAAAACAAUCUUGCUGCUCAUCUUAUUUUAUUACCUAAACACUUUGGUGAUGAAGUUAUGGUCUCACUCUAGCUUCUAAGGUUGUUUUGUGCUUUAUAAAUAACGUCCCCAUUUAGAGUGUAACAGAUGAUAAAAUGCAUGUGAUUCACAGUGUGGUUUCCUUCUGACUGACAAAAUACCGUCAUACGAGGAUGUAGUGCGUCUGGUUUCUCACUCACUCAGAUCCUCCUCUUGCUUAAAAUGCCUGGUUUUAAAAG